AUGAGGUUAUGUGCUUCUGGAGGCGUUGAGAAGAAUUCCAAGUGUAGCAGACUUCUUGAACAGGUAUAUGCUUAUCUCUGUUUUGGUGCUUGCACAGUAAGAGUUCGCCGCCUCUUCACCUCUCAAUCAACCACCACUGCUUACAAUUUCAAAUUCAAUUCCUUUGGUGGUAAUGGCACCGGUCUAAUAUCACUCCAUGGAGACGCUGAGUAUGGUCCGAACAGCUCCGGAGCCAUCACAUUGACACGAGACAACAUCCCUUUCUCACACGGUCGAGCUAUUCACAUCAGUCCAGUCACUUUCAAGCCUAACGCUACGUCUCUCAAUCCUUUCAAAACCUCUUUCACUUUCUCCAUUACUCCUACAACAAACCCUAGUCCAGGUCACGGCCUUGCCUUCAUCGUCGUACCCGCUAACCAACACGAUGGUUCCGGUUUAGGUUAUCUCAGUCUUGUGAACCGAACCAACAACGGUAAUCCCAAUAACCAUCUCUUUGCUGUCGAGUUUGAUGUCUUUCAGGACAAGAACCUCCGUGAUAUAAACGAUAACCAUGUCGGAGUCGACAUUAACUCGGUUGAUUCGGUGGUUUCAGUCAAAUCCGGUUAUUGGGUUAUGACAAGAAACGGUUGGUUGUUUAAGGAUUUGAAGCUGAGUAGUGGAGAUAGAUACAAGGCUUGGAUCGAGUACAACAACAAUCACAAAGUCAUCUCCGUUACCAUUGGUUUGGCGCAUUUGAAGAAACCGAACCGGCCUUUGAUCGAAGCAAAAUUCGACCUUUCUAAUGUGGUUCACGAGGUAAUGUAUAUCGGUUUCGCCGGUUCGAUGGGACGUGGUGUCCAGCGUCACGAGAUUUGAGGGAGAUGAAGCUAAUGAAGGACAACUAGUGUUAAGAAGAUCAUCAAGGAUAAUCACCAGACCAAAAUAUCUCAAUGAUUAUAUAUUGCUAGCAGAAAUCGAAGGAGAACAGCUCUUAAUGUGUUUGGAUAAUGAACCGAGGGAUUUUAAUGAAGCGAGAGAGUCGAAACAGUGGUUAGCAGCAUGUGAAGAAGAGAUGCAUUCAAUCUCAAAGAAUCAUACUUGGAGUCUCGUUGAGUUACCACAUGGAGCUAAAGCUAUAGGUUUGAAAUGGGUGUUUAAGCUUAAAAGGAACUCUUAUGGAAGUAUAAGUAUGUAUAAGGCUAGGCUAGUGGCCAAAGGGUAUGUUCAAAGAUAUGGAAUUGACUUUGAGGAUGUGUUUGCACCAGUGGCACGAAUAGAGACAAUCCGCCUUCUUGUGAGUCUUGUUGCAUCAAGAGGAUGGGAGAUACAUCACCUAGACGUCAAAACAACGUUUCUUAAUGGAGAAUUGAAAGAAACAGUUUAUGUUUCACAGCCGAUGGUUUCAUUGUAGAAGGGAGCGAAGAUAAAGUUUACAAGCUUCACAAAGCUUUGUAUGGUUUGAGACAAGCUCCGAGAGCUUGGAAUGAGAAACUUAAUCAAGUUCUCAAGGAACUCCGGUUCAGAAAAUGUUUUAAAGAACCAUCAGUCUUCCGGAAGAAGGUGAAUCAAGAAACUCUUCUUGUUGCAGUUUAUGUUGAUGACAUAUUUGUUUCAGGAACAAGUACAUCGGUCAUAGACAGUUUCAAGAAAGAGAUGUCCUUGAAAUUUGAGUGAGUGAUCUUGGUAAGUUGACUUAUUAUCUAGGCAUUGAGGUUUUUCAAAGUCAUGGUGGGAUAACACUGAGUCAAGAGCGUUAUGCAUUGAGAAUCUUAAAGGAAACCGGUAUGAAAGAUUGUAACUCGGUAGAAACACCGAUGGAAGCUGGUAUUAAGUUUUCUAAGGCGGAAAAAGAGAAAGAUAUUGACGGCACAAGUUACAGGAGGGUUGUAGGCUGUUUGCGAUACUUGCUUCACACACGACCUGAUCUAUCCUAUUGUGUGGGAGUCUUAAGUCGAUUUAUGCAGACUCCAAAAGAAUCUCAUGGAGCUGCGAUGAAGCAAUGUCUUAGGUAUCUACGUGGCACUACUGCAUUGGGUUAACAUUUAAGAGCUCUUCCACAGGGGAUUUGAGGUUAGUUGGUUAUAGUGACAAUAGUCACAAUGUGGAUCCUGAUGACGGAAGAAGAACAACCGGACAUGUGUUUUAUCUCAGUGAUAGUCUAAUUACUUGGUGUUCACAGAAACAUGACACAAUGGCUUUAUCUUCCUGUGAAGCUGAAUUCAUGGCUGCAACCGAGGCAGCGAGACAAGCGAUCUGGCUCCAAGAAAUACUUAGCGAAUGUUGGCGUGUGAGAAGGUUGUUAUUCGAAUAGAUAAUCAGUCUGCAAUUGCCCUCACAAAGAAUCCAGUGUUUCAUGGACGCAGUAAACAUAUACACACUAGAUAUCAUUUUAUUAGAGAGUGUGUAGAGAAUGGACAGGUAGAGCUCGAACAUGUUCCCGGUGAGAAGCAAAAGGCGGACAUCUUAACAAAGCCUCUUGGGAGAAUUAAGUUCAAGGAAAUGAGAGAGUUAAUUGGAGUGAAUGACUUAAAGCUUAGAAGGGAGAAUGUUGGCUUAAGCAUGAAGUCAACUUGAAGAAUGUGGUAAUCCUUAUCUAAACCAAGCAAUGGUUAAGAGAUAAAGAUCAAAGGUAUUUAGGAGCUAUCUAAACAGGUGUUUUCCUAAUGGGAUUAGGACUAAAUUUUUUUAUAUAAGGAGAUGUCAGCUUAUGACAUAACUUAUGAGUUGUAAGAGAGAGAUUGGAGAGCUUAAGUUUUUGAGGAAUUUUUCUUAAGCUAUAAAGAAAAGUGUUCUUUAAAUUCUGUUUUAAACUCUUAAUUCAGAUCAGAAGAAUAAUAUACCAUUCUGCGUGCGAGGAAUGAAGAUCAGCGAGAAGGAUGUAUAUUCUUCUUUAUUUAGUUAUCACAUUCACAAUCAAAUAACAAAAACAAUUGUAAGUAAACAAACGAACCGAUAGAUACGUUUCGGUUAGGCUCAAACGGAUACUACGAGUUUGAAUGGUAACUGCAGUCAGGGCGGCCAAAUCCAUCUGCGGUCUGGACCACUCCAUUUUUAAGGCGGACUACAGACCGCUGCGGACCAACUCUAUUUAUAUGUAAAAGCGGUCCGUAGUUGGUCCGCUGCGGUCUUGUCUCUGCUUUAUUUGGACCGCACCACUGCAAACUAUAUUUGCUGAAUGGUAAAUAAAAAGCGGUCCAGUCCUCAGAUGAAUUUGUCCGCCCCAACCGCUGCAACCAUUCACACCUUACGUAGUUUUGUUUAUAACAGUUUAUUCAAUUCAAUUUGUAUAAAAAAUAAAUUCUCGAGACUAAUAUUGGCCAAACAUGUAAUUAAUAGUUUGUGUUUUUUUGUAAGCGUCGCCGCCCAAAAAAAACAAAAGAAAUAAUUAAAGGUGGAACGUUUGCUCUUCCCACUCUUCUUCCAGUGGUUUAUUUUAAUUACAGAGAGACUCACUCUCUUCUGUCUCAAAGCGUUGCCAAGUUUGAUUCUUUUUGGUCACUACGUACCAAUGGUUAAUCAUGAGAGAAGUGAUGAUGAUACCAGCAGCAGCGACGAAGAACACAGCGAACAAGAGCUCAAAACGCCAGAGAUCAUAAUAUCUGACGACUCAGAUACAAAAACAGAAACAAAUUGUGCUUCCGAGGAGAGUAUCGAAUAUACUAAAAAUGAGGAGGAUGAGGAGACGAGUCACAAUGAUAUGGAGGUUGAUAAGGAGAAGACUGAUGAGGAGGAGGAGGAUGAUUUGUAUGUUCUGAAGGACGCUCUUGAGGCGGCGGUGACGACAUCGUUUCAAGGUUUAAGUCAAUAUCAAAAGAAUUUGAUGUUUCAAAACUUGAAGAACCUUGGAGCUGAGACAAGAAAAGAGCUAACUGAUGGAUGGAAGGAGUUGAAUGCUGAGGUGCUUCGCUUGAACGCCAAGAAACAAACUUUCUUUGCAAAGUUUGCAAACGCUGGAGUUUGAUAUAUCUACUACUUAUUCAACACAAGAAAUUAAAAUUCUUGUUUUUGGAAUCAUUUCAAUGAUUUAUGAUUAUUCCUACUAAUGUUUCUGCUUUCUUGUUGUGUGUCGUUGUUAAGCCAUCUUUUUGAACUAUGAAUUAGCGUAUG